UAUAAUGCAAAGUUUCUCUGCUAUUCUCUAACGGCUCGUUUUCAUGUCGGUCUCAACCAACCUCCAAAAAUGUUCCCGCCAAAACCGAUCUUCUUCACCAACUCACUCUCUCUCUUCACACUACGCUUACACUCUUCUUACACCUGUUUUCCUCUACCGCCAAAGCCUCCUGGUCUUUCUCUCCUAGCAGACCAAUGUACUUCAAUGCGCCAACUCAAACAAGUCCACGCCCAAAUGAUUGUCUCUGCUCGCAUCCACGAUACUUUCGCCGCUAGCAGAUUGCUCUCCUUCUGCUCUCUCUCUGAGUUCGGCGAUGUUCUUUACGCUCUAAAGAUCUUCGAGAACACACAAACCCCGAAUGGCUUUAUGUGGAACACGCUCAUUAGAGCUAACGCUAGUGGCCCAAACCCUUGUGAGGCUCUGUUUCUUUAUGUAAGGAUGAGGAGGGUCGGUGUUGUACCGGGUAAACACACGUUCCCUUUUGUUCUCAAAGCUUGUUUUCGGUUUUGCUCGGUUUUAUUGUGCAAACAGGUUCAUACCCAUGUUGUGAAAUUUGGGUUGGACUUGGAUUUGCAUGUGGUUAAUGGGUUGGUGAGGGGUUACUCUGUUUCGAGUAGUUUAGGGGAUGCCCGGUUGGUGUUUGAGGAAUUUCCUGAGAGGAAUUUGAGUAUUUGGACGACGAUGAUUAGUGGGUAUGCGCAGAAUUUUUGUUCCAAUGAGGCUUUGGUGCUUUUUGAUCAAAUGGUUGCUGAGGGGUUUGAACCAAACGAUGCAACUUUGGCCUCUGUGUUGUCUGCUUGUGCUCGAUCGGGUUGUUUAGAAUUGGGAGAAAGAAUUCACUUGUUUAUGAAGGAGAAAGGGAUUGAGGUGGGAGUGAUUCUUGGGACGGCAUUGGUGCAUAUGUAUGCGAAGAAUGGAGCGAUUUUGGUAGCUCAGGAAUUGUUUGAUAGUAUGUGUGAAAAGAAUGUUGCGACUUGGAAUGCAAUAAUUUGUGGGUUGGCAAGUCAUGGCCGUGUUGAAGAGGCACUUAGUCUCUUCCGAAAGCUAGAGAAUGUGCAGGUUCUGCCAAAUGACAUUACAUUUGUUGGGGUUUUAUCUGCCUGUUGUCAUGCUGGCUUGAUUGAUGUUGGAAGUGAGAUUUUUCGUUCCAUGAAAAGGGUGUAUGGCAUUGAACCGAAGAUUGAGCAUUUUGGGUGCAUGGUUGAUCUUCUUGGGAGAGGUGGGAAGCUGCUGGAAGCAGAGGAAUUGAUAAAAGGAAUGGUGUGGAAGCCUGAUGUGGUGAUCUGGGGAGCUUUGUUGGGGGCCAGUAAAAACCAUGGAAAUAUCGAGGUUGCUGAAAGAGUGGUAAACGAAAUUCUUGUUUUGGAACCUCAUAAUCAUGGGGUUUAUGUUGUUUUGUCUAAUAUGUAUGCAGAGGCUGGACAGUGGGGAGAUGUUUUGAGGCUGAGAAAGUUAAUGAAAGAAGGGAGCCUGAAGAAAACACCUGGAUGGAGCCUGGUGGAUAGUGAAAAUGUUGUAUGUAAAUAUGCAUCAGAAAAUACCCAUUUGGCAGUGUGAAAUAGAAAUGGCUUGAUGAUAUAUCAUGAUUGAGAGAUGGUAUAAAUUUUAAUUAACAUACGAGAAGAGACCAGUGGUUUUUAUCAUGCAUGAGUAUCUUGAUUGGUCUUUCUUGUAGACAAAAGAAGCGGGAAGGGGUAUUUGAUCUUGAUUCAUGUGAUCUAAUUAUGUUUAGGCUGCCUUUUAUUCUGAUCUUCCUUAGUUAGAGGAGACACAAAUUGCACUUCGAAGCCAAAUUACAUGGACUCCUGACGCACUUCGUUCCUAAAGUCAAAACAUCAAUUAAGAUUGUUGCUCAGGUUUGCAGCCAGUUUAGAGCUGCAUGACAGCUUAAGAUUAAUUGGAAUUAUAGCCAGUUUAGAGCUGCAUGACAGCUUAAGAUUAAUUGGAAUUAUAACUUGAAAUUACCAUUUAGAGAUUCUAAUAACUUCUUUAUCAGAGAUUUUACCAGAGGGGCUCAAGCUAGACUGACAAUUUAGUUCUUAGCAGAAAGGAACUGGAUCAACCAAGAAAUGUCUUCUUCUUCUUUUUUUAAACUGAAUUCAAGCCACAUGGAGUCUUAACUCCUAUCAGUUUGCUCAACUAUACCACCGUUUAGACCAAAGAUGGAGUUUUCUGUUCAGCAACACAGGAUGUGGUUUUGCAUUUAUUAUAGUUUGUAAUUCAAUAGUUAGGGUAACCAAUUCACAGUCAUCAAACUUGAAUUUGAUUUUCAAUUUAAAACGGAAGUUUGUGAAAUACCAAAUUGUUCUGAUUUCAGAGAUUUUACCAGAGGGGCUCAAGCUAGACUGACAAUUUAGUUCUUAGCAGAAAGGAACUGGAUCAACCAAGAAAUGUCUUCUUCUUCUUUUUUUAAACUGAAUUCAAGCCACAUGGAGUCUUAACUCCUAUCAGUUUGCUCAACUAUACCACCGUUUAGACCAAAGAUGGAGUUUUCUGUUCAGCAACACGGGAUGUGGUUUUGCAUUUAUUAUAGUUUGUAAUUCAAUAGUUAGGGUAACCAAUUCACAGUCAUCAAACUUGAAUUUGAUUUUCAAUUUAAAACGGAAGUUUGUGAAAUACCAAAUUGUUCUGAUUGUAAUAUUUGUACUCUCUGUGGUACCCAUUUGGGCAAGUCUGUUUAUGCAGUAUGAUUCAUCUAUAGCUGACAAACUGCUCUUUUAUAUGUUCGUCACACUGUGGAUUACAAAGGAACACAGAACCCAUUAGUUCAUCAUGUGGGUAUGAAAAAUCAUCUUCACUCUCAACAAAAGUAGCUUGGACUCCUCCUCCAUUGGGUUGGCUCAAACUCCAAUUUGAUGCAACCAUUUGUUGUGACCAUGGAUCUUACCUAACAGUUGUGGCCACUGACUGGCAAAGGACCGAUCAACAAGUGGCUCUCUUGGCAACCACUUGUGCCAAGAAUCUUGGAAUUAAUUUUGUAAAUCUGAGGGGGACUUUCAAUCUCUUUUGACAGUAAUUAAUGACUCCUCAGGAGAUUAGCUUCUGGGAAAUCCAUUCACUAGUCCUUGAUACGUCCAAGCUAUUUGAACUCUUUUCUUUUAUGGACUUCUUAAUAUCCGAGUAUUUCCUUUUAUACAAAUAUCAUAGCUGAGCCCCAGGAGAUUAUAGUCCAGCAACUUUCACUGGCUGAAACAGACAAGGAUGGCAGCUUCCUAUCUACAAUAAACAACCUAUUGCUUUUCUCUUUUUCUGUCAUGAGUAAAUUUCAUCAAGCAUGAUGAAGCUUGCGACUGGCAUGCAUAUUGGUAAUGGUUACCAAAAUACUUUGUACAAAAUAAUUUCCUCUUUAUUAACUGAGUUGUCUUUUCCCUAACAUA